CUCUUUUGAUAAUCCAUCCUUUCCUAUGGUCCCUCUUUUUCUUUCUUUCUCUCUUCUCUCUUCUCUUCUCUCUUUUCUCUCGGUCCGCCUAGAUUUGUUCAGUGCGUCAGCGGAUCCCGGCCGAUUCGGCUCGACAACCUUAUCGCUCGCCGUGUGCCUUCUUUUUUCCGUGUGCGGUUGUUUGCCCAGUUCUUUUCUUUUUCUUUCCAUCCCACCUCACGUCAUUAUUUUCCAAAGCUCGCCAUCUCUAUCUCAACAGCCACGCACGACCUAUCGGCUUGAUCCUGCGUCAAUGUAAUCUCGCCGGUUUGUUCUCGUUUUAGACUUUGUGCCAGCGUGAAACUGCUGCGCUUCGUUGGCCUUUUGAUAUUUUUUUGUUUAUCUCCAUUUGGGCGGCCCUGGAAAAAUCAGCUAAGACAAGGGCAGGCCAGUCAAGCUCAACUCCGGCUCAGUGUCAUGACGGACUGGUUUCCAUAGUUGAACGUUUUUGUGUGACCACCUCCAAAGUGUCGAGUAUUCAUCGCCUUUUCGUCCGUUUUUCGUCAGUGCCUUUUGAUUUCAUUUGUCGAAUUGAAUCAUCAGUUUUUUCUGGCCAGCUGAUAACAGUUUUGGAAUAUCUAAGUCGCAUAUAGACACACCUGCAAAACUCUAUUCAUUCCGAGUUCUAUCUAUAUUUGAUCGAGGUUUAUUUCCAUUCGUUUCGUGUUGGUUGGUCAACCCCAGCGGCUGGGGGUUUUUCAUUCCUAACAGUUCUGUGCUGUGUGUGAGUGUGUGUCUCUCCCCGUGUGUGUGCGCUAGUGUUUUUUUUUUAUUCCAACUCGAAAUUGUGCGACAGGUGUUCCAGGUCUACCCACACACACAGAGAUACGAGUGAACAGUGAGCAGCUUUGCUUGCCUUAUUUUCUUGUGUUUCUCUAGAUCAUUCCAUAGUCCAGGUUUUUCAGAGGAGGUGAUUUUCCGAUUUCGGUUUUGCGGCUCAGCGGGUCGAAUCGCCAAAGUCAAACAAAACAAGACGAUUAUAUAACAUUAUCACUUUUGGGCGAUAUCCAGAGAGAGUGAAAAGGAGUUCAACUUGCAAUCGACAUUCGGCCAGCAUGUCGCUCUUCUCGAAGAAACGCAAGCCGGUCAGUCACAUGACGGGCGAAACGGAUCAUCACCACAACAGCGGGAGCAACGGACCGUCGUCCAUGAUGGAGGAGACGGCGAUGAGUGGCAGUGGCGGUGGACGCCAUCCGCAUCACCCACUGCCUCCCAUACCCACUAACGGGCACCACUCGAUGCCGUCGACGCCGUCACGUCACCAGCACCAGCAGCAGUCUCAGCACUCGGCGCCGGGCGGCAACAGUAGCGCCGCCUCGUCGGCGGCCGCGGCAGCCAAAGUCACGCAACCCAAAUUGGUCUUCCACUGUCAGCAGGCCCACGGGUCGCCCACCGGACUCAUCUCGGGCUUCACCAACGUCAAGGAGCUCUACGAGAAGAUCGCCGAGUGCUACGACAUCCAACCGUCCGAAAUUUUGUUCUGCACGCUCAACACCCACAAAGUCGACAUGAACAAGUUGCUGGGUGGACAAAUCGGGCUCGACGACUUUAUAUUCGCACACAGGAAAGGGCGACCAAAGGAGAUUGAAAUUACCAAGAGCGAAGAUGCUCUCGGACUGACCAUCACAGACAACGGAGCCGGCUACGCUUUCAUCAAACGUAUCAAAGAAGGAAGCAUCAUCGAUAGGAUGAAAUACAUCAACGUCGGUGACCACAUCGAGCGUAUCGAUCAAACCAGUCUGGUGGGUUGCCGACACUACGAAGUGGCCAAGAUGCUUAAGGACAUCCCGAAAGGCACCACGUUCAUCAUGCGGCUCGUCGAACCCCUUCAAGCCGGAUUCUCCAACAUUGGGCCGAGGACGAAUCCCGGUACGGCCAAGAAAUCAUACGGUUCUGGCAAAGAAACGCUGCGUCUGCGUGCCAACGGACCGGCUCGUGUCGAAGAAGCUCCGGACAGCGUAGUGGAAGCAGCCGUCGAAAAAAUCAACAGUCUUUUGGAGAGUUUCAUGGGUAUCAACGAUGCGGACCUAGCAACCCAAAUAUGGGAGAUGGGCCAGGAGAAGACAAACACAAUGGAUUUCGCCGAGGCCAUCGACAAUUCCGACCUGGAAGCUUUCGGCUUCACUGACGACUUCAUUUUCGAACUGUGGGGCGCCAUUACGGACGCAAAAGCCGGCAGAUUAAGGAAAUGAAUCGAACGAUGAAAACAAAAAAUGAAGAAAAAUUAAAAAAUCAAGAAAAAAAAAUCGAGAAGGAAAAAUAAUUUUGAAAAAAGAACCAAAUAAUGAGAACAUCUUCGACUUCCAGGCUAAUAAUGUCGUCAUCCUUUCCUAACCUACCGACGCCCCAUUGUUUUCUUUUUUUUUAAAUGCCACUUGUUCCUGUAAUUAAUACCUAGGAAUUAGGAUUUGAAUGCGUUCAUCUUUCUUGGCUCUCGUAUUAUUUUAAUAUUCUUAUACCUUCCUGCGUAGUCGUCAUUUGUCCGUUUCAGAUUUCUAUUAUAUACUUAACAAUAAUGAGCCCCCGCUAACAAUAACUAUAUAUAUAUGAUAUGCCUAUGGCAAGAGUAGAGCAUCCGCCGGAGGUCUAGAAUUAAAAAAAAAAAAAGCUAUUUCCUUGGGUUGAUACUUUGAUGCAAAUAGAAAUAUAUAAUAACAUGAGCUUUUCUCUUUUGAAAUGCUAAACAAUAUGUAGGUACCGUAUUCUUUG